AUGGAUGCUGAUCUUGGCAACACAGACCCAUCCCUCGAUAACAAACGACGUCGUACACCCCAGGCCAAGGGGGAGUCCACAAACCCACCUACCAAGCAUGCUGUUUGGAAAUUGCAUGAGGAAGCGGAGCUUGUCCACUCCCUUCUUGAAGUUAAGCAUGCAGGUGGCACCUUGAAUAUUGGGUUCAAAGACAAGGUUUGGAACUCAGUUUCCGCACACUUAACUGAGGAAUGUGGGACUGUGUUCGAGCCGAGUGCUUGUAAGAAUAAGUAUGGCAAGACUUUCAGAGCAGUCAGGAUUUCCGCGGAGCAAUGA